CUCCACGCCAACCCAUGGAGUAAUGGCGGCUUCAUUAUCCAGACCCUGUUACUCAUUGUCUCCCCCUUCUUUCUCGCUGCCGCACUCUACCUGACCGUCAAGACCAUCGUCCUCACCUGCGGUCCCCACUCCUCGCUCCUCAACCCGCAGCUUGACACGUGCCUCUUCAUGAUCUGCCACGCAAUUGGCUUCUGCACACAGUUAGCCGGGGGGGAGGGCUCCAGGUCACCGCAUCAAACGGCAACGGGGCUGAGAGCAUGGUACGUGCGGGGGACGAACAUCAUGAUCGCAGACAUCGCCUUCCAGGCAGCGACGAUGGCGGUGUGUGGGGUUUUGACUAUCGGUUGUACGAGGAAGUUGAACCUGCAUCAGAGAGAGGAGAUUGGGUCUGGCCCUUUCGCUGUGGAGCCAUUGAACCGGAGGGGGUUUGCGGGCCUCGGGGGGUGUCAGGCGGUGGCUUUUGUGACGGUCUUGAUUUGGCGUAUCUACAAGUGUAUGCUUUUCUAUAAAAUCCCGGAGAUGGCGGGCGGAUGGGGAAACCCCAUAAUACAAGAAGAGGCUAAGUUUAUGGUUCUGAAUGGGAUAUAA